UCACUUACCCUAAAAUUCAACGAGUCAGUGUUCUGGUGCGACUCUACCAUAGUGUUGGGCUGGCUAUCGAUGACACCCUCGAAUCUUAAACCUUUCGUCCGUCAUCGUAUCUCUGAAAUCCAGGACAUUGUCGGUGGUGACUGUUGGCGCUACGUUCCUUCAGCAGAAAACCCCGCAGACCUCGUCUCACGAGGACUCUCAGCUGACAAGUUAGCUCACUCUUCUUUAUGGUGGUCAGGGCCACAGUUUCUACAACAAGACCAAUCAAUUUGGCCGCAAUUUCCACGAUCGCAUGACAAGUCUACGUUACCAGAGACAGUUAGAAUUUUUCAUGUCAACGUCGACGGUGAAAAUGUAAUUUCUACACUUUUCAAUCGGUGUUCAAACUUUAACGCAUUGCAACGCAUCGUAGCCUUUAUGUCACGGUUUCUUAAAAAUUGCAAAUUACAAAAUCAAAAUCGUACAUUUGGUCCACUAACAACAUGCGAAUUAAAUAAUUCAUUAAAUUUAAUUUUAAAAAUCUGUCAACAAGAAUCAUUCCCUGAGGAGUACAAUCUUCUCACAUCAGGUAAACUAUUACCUCCUAAAAACAAACUCUUAUCAUUAUCGCCUUUUCUUGACGAUAAUAAAAUUAUUCGAGUAGGGGGCAGGCUUCAUAGUUCCUUUUAUGACUACAAUGUUAAACAUCCUGUUCUUCUUUGUAGCUCGAAUCGAAUCUGUAAUUUAAUAUUUCAAAUGUUUCAUCAUAAAUUAUUUCAUGCAGGGCCUCAACUGUUACUUGCCUCCAUUCGUCAUCACUACUGGCCCAUCGGUGGUAGAAAUCUAGCCAGGAAGACAACACAUCAAUGUGUAAAAUGCUCUAGAAUCAAGGCUAACACAAUCCAACCUAUCAUGGGCAACCUUCCAGUGCAGCGUUUACAUCUAGAAUUUCCCUUUUUAGAUACAGGUGUCGAUUACGCCGGUCCUAUCAUGAUAGCUGACCGCAAGGGCAGAGGUUGCAGGCUCGUCAAGAGCUUUAUAUGUGUAUUUGUGUGUUUGGCCACAAGAGCAGUUCACCUUGAGCUUGUUUCAGACAUGACAAAAGAAGCUUUUUUAGCAGCUCUCAACCGAUUUAUUGCUCGGAGGGGGAAACCACGCCACAUCUUCUCGGACAAUGGUAGUACUUUCGUCGGGGCCUUCAAUGAGCUAGCGCAGCUUCUAGCACAGGAUCUCGACCUAAAUAGAAUCGAUCCAGGUCACCAGAGCCAGUGUGUCCUCACUUCAGCGAUUCCAGAGAAUCGAAUAUCUGAAGCAACAUUUUUGGAAUCGCUUCUCAAACGAAUAUGUUCUCUGGCUUCAGGAAAAAUCCAAAUGGCAUCGCUCUACCAGAGGAGAACUAAAGGAAGGGGCUCUCGUUGUAAUCAAGGACAAGACCUCUCCGCCUCUUAUGUGGCUGAUGGGACGAGUCAUCCGUGUGCUACCAGGGAGUGACGGCGUCGCAAGAGUUGCAGACAUACGCACACGCAAGGGUGUGCUCAGACGGGCAUUCAACACUAUUUGCCCCCUGCCUCUACAGUGACUCUACCUUGAAGACCACGGCUCUUCAACAGGGGGAGCAUGUUGGAGCCGCCUUAACUGCGGCUGAUGAACCGGUUGUGUAGCCGGACGCCAGAGGGGAGCCGCCGGAGAGGGGAGGCAACGGUCGUCGACCCACUCGGCAGUGCCACGUCCCGCAGUCGCGUCAAACCCUAUCAGCACGACACCCGCGCACGCGCAUCUACCUAUUUACAAUAUUUCCGCAUACGAUAACCAGUUACUUUGUGCUGUCAAUAAACAUUUAACUACA